AUUUUCUCCUCCCCUUGAUGAUGAACUGCCCCAAACUAGAGACAAAAACAAUCUUCCGCACAAAGGAACGUAAAUACGGUUACUAUCGCGUUUAAGGACGAUUUCAACGCUGCUGCCUCUUCUGGCUGCUAAAGAGAAAAGUAUUAAUCGUAAUCCAAAAAUGGUUUCACCUGUCACCGUGGUGAAGAGUGAGGGCCCAAAGCUGGUGCCUUUCUUCAAAUCCACCUGUGUCUACUUUGUGCUGUGGCUACCCACCUCCAGCCCAUCGUGGUUCAGUGCCCUCAUCAAAUGUCUGCCCAUCUUCUGCCUGUGGGUCUUCCUGCUGGCCCACGGCAUCAACUUUUUAGGAGCCCACUCCAGUGCCCGAAAAAUCCUUGCAGGGCUCAUAUUCUCAGCUCUUGGAGAUGCAUUUCUGAUCUGGCAGGAGCAGGGCUACUUCAGUCAUGGGCUGCUGAUGUUUGCCAUCACCCACGUCCUGUACUCCUCUGCUUUUGGGAUGAAACCGCUCAGCGUGUGGGUGGGCCUGGUCAUCGCCACAAUAUCAGGCCUUUGCUACACCCUCCUCUACCCGUACCUGUCUGGCCCCUUCACGUACCUGGUGGCCGUCUACAUCGCUCUCAUCAGCUUCAUGGGCUGGAGGGCCAUCGCUGGCGUGCAGCUGACCAACGACCUGUGGACCUGGACCAAGCUGUCGGCCUGCCUGGGAGCUGUCCUCUUCAUGGUGUCCGACCUCACGAUCGCCGUCAACAAGUUUUGCUUCCCCGUGCCACAUUCACGGGCGAUCAUCAUGGCCACAUACUACGCGGCGCAGAUGCUCAUCGCCCUGUCAGCUGUCGAAUGCCAGGACGCCGACUUGGCCAGGAAGAGAGUGUGAGGAGCCAAUCGCCAAGCUCAAUCUGUCAACGAACAGAGGGCUGCAGCAUCACUGGUUUGGGUCCAGUUCAACCUCCCAACCCCCUAAGCCCCUCAAAGUUAUGUUGUAGACUCUCCGGGACGAUUGCUUCCAUUGCUUUAUGUCUAAUACUGACUGUUAUGGAGAGUUUGUCAGGUCUGGUCUCUGUUUAGAGAUAUCAUGCUGGAUUCUUGUCUAAGUCUGAACAUUUCUUGACCUGUGUUAUUGUAUUCAAUAAUCUAUAUGUUCCUUUCCAUUAAGUUAAUCCUUUCCUUUAAUAUAGUACUCCAGUGUUUCAGCCCUUUCAGUCUCUGAGGCACUGGUGUCAUUGACAUGAAAUAGUUGAGGAACAGAAUUGUCAUAUGAUUUAAUUCUGAGUGCUUUGUGUGAAAGUCUACACUAUGGCUUUGUUCUUUUUUUUAAGGAAUUUUGUUCGGUAGAACAAAAUCUCAAUCACAGUGACUUGCUUGUUUCCCUCAAGACAGCCACACUGCCUUUUCAUGGUCUUCUUUCACUCCCUCUUGCUGCUGUUGCCAUGUUCCAGCUGGCCCAAGGAUAUGAAAGUUGUGACUGUUAUAUAGGUGUCAUGAUUAGCUUUAGCUGUGCACGGGUAUAAAAGAACAGACAGCAUACAGUGUAUGUGGAAGCUUUUGUUUUAGGGAGCUGGUUUCCCCACAUGAUCUUAGACUUAUCAGAAGUAAUCAUAAAACACCUUUAUUGUUUUUAUACUAUAUCUUAAAGCAGAAUACACGAUUCCAUGGCGGGUUUCUAGUAUAUCCUCUCAGUAUUAUAGAGUUUUGUUGUGUUUUUCUGACCUUUAACCAUUUCAAAGUGUUUUUUAUAGGGGAUCUGUUUUGUUUGUUAGCCUUGGCCUACUUACAAAUACCCCCUCUUUUAACACACACAACACAACACACACACAGCACCAGACAACACACACACAGUCACACACACAUUCUUAUGCUGGACAGGGUAGUUUUGCUGUAAGUCUUCAACAAUAGUUCUGUUUUUCUGCUUUUAAUGCCACAGCAGAUUAGAUGUGCUUGUGCUUGUAAUUGCAUCUGUGGUAUUGUUAUUACUAAGAGCUGACAUCCUCAUUUUUAGCUGAAGCAUGUCAUAUGACCAUGUUCCAGGUACUGAAUGUAAUUCAAUUCAGACUCAAAUACAAGGUCAACAUCCCUGUAAAAGUUUUUGGUGCUUUAGAGAAGCUAAAAGAUGUCACAUUGGGCACUUCCACCAAAUAAUCUAAUGUUUUUUUUAAUGGCCCCUGUCAGUCGUAGGCCAAAUGGCACUCCUGUAUUGUGAUGUUAUGAUUCAGUUAUGGCUUUUAUAGGUGCUGUGCAAAGUUAGUUCAUUUAUGAAGACAAGUUGAAACUACACUACUCUUUGCCUUUGUUUCGUUCUGCUGACAGGUCGCAUCCUAUUCAAGUAAUAAUCGAGUCUGCUCAAAGGCAAUUAUCCUGCACUGAGCCAUAACUUGGGUACAGCCAUUAAUUUCUCUCUUUGUUUGAUCAUCUCAUUUUUCUGUCUGCUUUAUCUUUGUGUUGAAACCUGUGAGAGAAUGAAAGCAACGAUAGGAUCUUAUAUCCUUUUAAAUACUCAGCUGUAACCAGCAGAUGGACAAUCCAGGAAUUAUUCCAAUCCAGACAGACUGAUCAAACGGAAUAUAUACUUAUUUUAUUACUUUUUUUAUUUUUGGAUUUUGUGUGGGGAUUUCUUUGUUGUUGUUUGUUUACUGUUUGGUUUUACAUGACGGGAGUUUUUUCCCCCAUCUUUAUAAAUUCCCUGAUUAUAAGAGCUCCCCUUUGGGGAGGUGAGGGCUACAGAUUCUCCUCCACUAUCUCACUGUCUCCUCCACUAUCUUCUCCACUAUCUCACUGUUUUCUUCACUAUUUCCUCUACUAUGUCCUCUACUGGCUCACUGUCUCCUCCACUAUCUCACUGUCUCCUCCACUAUCUUCUCCACUAUCUCACUGUUUUCUUCACUAUUUCCUCUACUAUGUCCUCUACUGGCUCACUGUCUCCUCCACUAUCUCACUGUCUCCUCCACUAUCUUCUCUACUAUCUCACUGUUUUCUUCACUAUUUCAUCUACUAUGUUCUCUACUGGCUCACUGUCUCUUCCACUAUCUCUCACUGUCUUCUCCACUAUCUCAUCCACUAUCUCACUGUCUCCUCCACUAUCUCUCACGUAUUCCCAAGACGUUGAAUUGCAGGGUACCUAAGCAUGCAUGGAAGACAGUGUUAAAUGACUUGACUUAAUGUAGAUGCUCAACUGAAUAAUCAGGCCUCUCGGAACAGGGAAACAGUGGCUUCUAUCUGUCCAAUCCCUCCCCCAACAUGUUCACCCGGGACCUGGACACUGACCCACACAACUCAUCAUUCCUCGGCUCGUAUCCUUCAUUGGAUUCAUCCUUCUUGUUGUUGACAUUUAUGCUACUGAAUCUACAUACAACGGAUCAGCACCUGGUUUUCUUUCACUUUUAAAAAUGGAAAACAAACUGGGAUUGGAACGCUGCCAGGCUCUUUAUGUGUUCAGCUGUUGUACCUGAGCUGAGAAGUGAAAGGCUUUUUUGUUUGUUUGUUUUUAAGAUCCCUGCUGCUGUUAGGGUGAAGGGAGCAGGGAGGUUUUUAUCAGGACACUCAUAUAAUGUCACACAGUCCUGGGUUUGAAGUGUGUGUUUUUCUAAUUCCCCAACAAGUACACUUUCUAUAUGAACAUGCAUGUACUGUAUGUUCAUGUUUCAAUAUGAACUAUUUAUAAUUGUGUUCUUAAUUCUAUUUAUUUAUUGCACUUUUAUCUACAUUUAUAUAAUUCAACUCAAGUCAUUUUUAGAAAACCUUUUAUUUGCUGUUUCUGUUGUGCAACAAUGACACAUCCAGUAGUUCAUGUGACAAUAUCUUGUAAAUUUACCCAGCAUCAAUUUUCCACUUUUGUUAGGUUGGGUGUCCAUAAUAAGAGUUUAGAUGUGCUUACAGCAUAGGGAGCAUCUCAUAUAGGGCUGUAUAUGCACGCACACACACACACACACACAUUCAUACAUGUGCACACUGCUUACACCACACAGCCUCGCCUGACCGAGAACAAUUGCGACAUGUCGGCUGCAUCAGUUUAGCCGUACUUGCAGUUUCGUAUGCUAUAGCUUCCCUGU